ACAAUUUCACAUUUGUAUCAUUAUUUUCAGUUAAAACAAAUAUUAUUAUUAUUUGUGUUGUAUUUUUUCUUUUUGUUGUUUUAUGUUUUUUUUUAAUCAAAAGUUUAUAUUUAAUGUAAAUGAAAUAGUGAGUGUUACAAAAACCAAAAACAUAUCGUAAGCAUCGUGAUAAAAACACUAUCAACAGGACUAUUGAUGUUAUCGAUUAUACAAUAAUUCAAUUUGUCGGUUCAUUUAUCGAAAAGGGUUGAGGGUGAAGCCUAAUUGAACAAUGAGUGAAUCAUGUGUGGAAACGCCUGAAGCACCAGCUUGGUUAUCCAAACUUGAGAGCCAGAGAGAGAAACUAAGUAAAGCUAGAUUAGGACAUGAUAGUGGUGCUGGAGCUCCAUGCAAUUCUUGUGGAUCAUCUUGUCCAGGAUUAGAUCUUCAUUUCUGGAGAAAAGUGUGUAGAGCUUGUCACUGUAGUAAGGAUGUACAUGAUGUUCAAGAUGAUGAUUUAUCUGGUUGGGCCCAGUUUGAACUUCUUGGUACAGCUAAACCUAAGAAGGCUUCCUUGCCUCUAAUAAAAAUUCGUGGAGUCACAGACAAGCCUGUUAAACUUGACUGGGUUCCUCCUAACGCUUCAACUGAAUUGGUGUCAGAAUACAUGUCGUGCCUUGGACCUCUCGCCCCUGUGUCCGGCAGUGAUGCUGCUCGUAAGCGUCGUGCACAACUCCGGACCCAACUGCCACCGCACGAUGUUGCAACAGCCGCUAGACAUCAUGCAAGUGAUCAGGAGAAAUCUGAACAUACCGAAUAUAUAACUCGUAUCAAGGAUCAUGUGGUGGGUAUGGGUAACGUCGUCAGGGUCGGCCCCUUACAAAGCGCCGAAAUAUGUUCUGUGGAAAAUAGCAAAGUACAUACUGCACCAAAAUCUUAUGCCCUGCCACUAAAAAUAUCCAAUAUAUCUAGGGGUGUCAAGUAUAAUAUUGUUCCCAAAAAUGCAUCUGAUAAAAAGCUUGUAUUGGAUUCCCAAGGUAAUGUUGUUAGUGCUGCCAAUUUGCCAGAUUAUAAGUCGAGCCCCAUACUUAGCCGAAUUGUCAAAGAUAAACUCCAUAUUAUGAGAAUUGAAUCUGAUAGAAUUAAGAGUGCUGUUGAACAUGGCCCUGUAUAUGAUAAGCUUUUAAAGAACCUAAGCGAUCUUAACUUGCCAGUAACAAAUGAUGUCUACUUGCAACCAAUCAAGUUAUUCAGAGACGAAUAUAAUAGAAAUCCUCAAUUCAAAGAGGAAGUCAAUGAGUUUGCCCAAAAAUCACUGGGGGCUCAAAUGAUACCAGACUUGUCAGUAAUAAACAACAAUAUAAUGGGAACAGCAAAACUACUUGAUAGUAGAUUGCAAAAGGGAACAAUUUUUGCUCCAAAUGGAGAAAUUUGGAGUUGGAAACAAGAACCAACAACACCUGAACAUAGUGGUACUCUUUGUUCCACAAAAAUAAGUCCUCAGUACUCUACAACCAUGAAACCUUUGAACCAAGUAGAGCCACAGCAAACGGCUCCUUUGAGGGAUUACCUCAGAAGCCACUCAGAAGAAGAUGCACCUCCACCACUGCCUAAUUACAAUACACACCCUGGAAUCAUGCCUAGUACUUUCACAGAAAUGCACUCAGAUGUACCCAUACAGGUUGGGAAUUAUAUGGAGCAACUUGAUCCUAUCAUGACUCAAUUUGCUGAUAUGUCACUUAAUCCAGCUGAAGUUGAGUUUAAUAGGAAACUAUAUAAUGAAGGAGUGCCUUGCCAGCGUUGUGAAAAGCCUAUGUUUGCGGGUGAGGUAGCAGUGAAAGCGGAACGGGCAGGACAAGAAGCCAUCUGGCAUCCACAAUGCUUCACUUGCUGCAAAUGUGGUGAACUCUUGGCAGAUUUAGUGUACUUUUACUACAAAGGAGAGAUAUAUUGUGCUAGAGACUUGGCGAACGUUCUUGAGAUACCACGCUGCGCCGGUUGCGAUGAAUUGAUAUUUACUAGACCUUACACAGCUGCCGAAGGACGGGCUUUUCAUGUACAGCACUUUUGCUGCUAUCACUGCGAUGCCCCUUUGGGAGGGAAGAAAUAUGUACCAGACGAUAAAACUGGAUUGCCAAUUUGUUUGACCUGCUAUGAUCAAUUUUAUGCCGAAAGAUGCCGCGCCUGUGGUGGAGUAAUUGGUCCAGAACAACAAGGUGUGUCAUGGGGUAACAUGCAUUGGCACGCUAAUUGUUUCAUAUGUUCUGGAAGAAUGUGUGGGAAAAGUUUGUUGAGUGGCCGUUUUGUUGUGAAACAGGAGAUGCCUUUCUGUAGCGUACCAUGUGUACAAAGUAAAAUUAAGUGAGAAAUAGAGGUUUUUUUAUAUCUAAAGAAUAUACAAUAUAUAAUUCUAGCUAUACUUAAAUAUUAAUUUGUAUCUCUCUAUUGGUUGAACUUAAUUUGCAUUUGAAAAUGGGUUUUUUAUAAUAUUUUACUGAACCAACAUUUCAUCAUUUCACUUCAACAAGUCAUACAAUAUAUGCUUAGACAUAUAAUAUUUGCUUUACGAGUUUAUAUCUCAAAGAAAUCCAUUCCUUUUCUGUAAUUUAAUAAGUAUUAUAAGAACAUAGUUUGUACAUUAAAUAAAGAUAUUAUGUAUAAGAUACCAUAAUAUUAUGUAGUACCUCAAACAUAAUUGGUAAUAUGGGAACAACAAUUAUAGAUAAGAAUUAUAUUUAUAUAGAAAUAUAUAGUAUUAGAGAAAAUUGUGUGAUAAUAUACAUGAGAAAAUUUUAUAUUUAAAAAGCAAAUAAGUUUAUUAAAAAACUGUUAAUUUAUGAAAAAAGUUUAUCUUUAAGCUUCAUAUAUGAAAUAAGUAUAAAAUUUGGCCAUUAUUAUACUAAAUAUAUUAUUUAUAUGUACUUUAAUUUAGGAUGUAAUGUAAAGGUAUUAUAAUAUGUGAUAAGUAAUCAGACAUGACAGGACAUUAUAGCUUGUGCCAUUGAAUGCAUUUAUAAAACAGUAAAAAAUAAAACAAAUAAAUUUA